AGAUGCCACCUGGGCUCAGGGUUGCCUUCAGGCUGCCGUGCCGGGCCGGGCGCGGCUGCUGCGUCCUGGCGAUGUUGAUUCAGCUCCCCUGCUGAAGCCAGGGACUCGCGCGGCGGCAUGCCCGCCGGCUACGAGGAUAUGCUGAGCCUGGCGUUCUGCGACGUCGAGCACGCCAACCUGGUGGGCUUCCACGGCUCGCCGGCCCCCGACGCCGCAGAGGCCGAGACGCGCGCCAGCAGCCCGGGCCCCGCCGCGGGCGUGGAGAGCGCGCGCGAGGAGCUGGACGGCAUCCUCUGGUGGGCGGGCGGCGUGGAGUUCGGCGGGGCCGACGAGCCCGAGCUGAGGCCCGCCGCGAUGGAGACCCUGGAGCAGGUGGCCGGCGCGAUGAAGCGGUACCCCGCCCUGGGCCUCGAGGUGUGCUGCUUCACAGGGGCCCUGGAGCCAGACCUGGCGCUGGAACUCGCCCGCAACCGCGCGUGCGCGGUCAAGCGGGCGCUCCAGGAGGCCGGCAUGGCCAAUACCAUCUCGGUGGUGGGUAAGGGCUUCUGCGACCACAUGGGCCCGAGGGUUGAGCUCAAGCCCACCCGCAUGGAUCAGGAGCAGGACGACAUGCUCGAGCCGUGGAUGUACAAGGCCGAGGCGAGCCGGCGAAGUGGCCUCGAGGCGGAGGCGCGAGCGGAGCGCUCGCGGGACCCCCGCGCGGAGCCGGCGGCCGCCGGGCGGCCGGCCCUGGGCCCGGACGAGGGGGACGCCGAGAGCUGG